AGCAUUUGAAAUACAAUUUUCAGAAGGAAAACAAAUGAAGGAUUCAAACAUGUAUACUGGUUACAUUGGAAGUACACAAAGUAGUAUAAAAGUGGUGUACCACCUUGAGUCACAAUCAAAAGAUUUACAAUGGUGGUACGAGUUUGCAAUGAGUCACUGCAGCCCGUAUUUACUGAGAGUAAUUGGAAAGUGUCAAAGUAGUUCUGUUGGCAAAGAGUUGCUUUUCACAGAGCUGGUAGAAGGAACUCUACACGAUUGGGUGAAGAAAAACCCUCUCAUUGAUUCUGAGUAUCCUGAAAGGCUGAGUAAGCCUUUUAUUGGCAUAUUGGGGGAUAUACUCAAUGGCAUCAUAUACUUCAGAUGUACAUUGAGACAACCACAUGGAGAAAUUUGUGCAAACAAUGUCUACUUGGUUAAUGGAAAUGCCAAGUUGGGCAAAGCUCUAAAUCCUGAGUGGUACGAGAAGACAUUUGGGGAUGACAUUGACAAGUUCUGCGGCAUGGUCAGGUCUCUCUUCAAGUCCAAAGGGUCUAAACUUCCCUUUGGUUUGGAUCAUUUGUGCAGAUACUUGCAAAAAUACAUCAAAUUUGAAAAGUACAGUUUUUCUUUAAUUAUGAUUUUUUAAGUAUUGUAUAGUGUUUUUAUUACUAUUGAUUCUCACACUUUUUGUUAUACAGGCAUUUGAUGAAUGCAAUUAAUCAUC